AUUUACCCCCCGUCCCUCCCCCAGGAGCAGGAUAACCUGACUGACGCGGAGGAACGCUGUGAACAGCUCAUUAAGAAUAAGAUUGGGCUGGAGGCCAAGGUGAAGGAGCUGGGUGAGAGGCUGGACGAUGAGGAGGAGAUGACCGCUGAGCUGACUGCCAAGAAACGCAAGCUGGAGGACGAGUGCUCAGAGCUGAAAAAGGACAUCGACGACCUGGAGCUCACCCUGGCCAAGGUCGAGAAGGAAAAACACGCCACAGAGAACAAGGUGAAGAACCUGACCGAGGAGAUGGCGGGCCUGGACGAGACGAUUGUGAAGCUGACGAAGGAGAAGAGGGCUCUCCAGGAAUCCCACCAGCAAACCCUGGACGAUCUGCAGACCGAGGAGGACAAGGUCAACGGCCUCACCAAAGCCAAGGCCAAACUGGAGCAGCAAAUCGAUGAUGUAGGUAACUCCCUCCCGCACUCCCGCACUCCCUGCACACUUCCCUAUCCCCCUGG